GGAGAUUGAGUUUCGGCACCGGAAUCUGGAUUUCGUUAGAGAGUCGGUGGUGGGGAGGAUGAUGGAGAUUGAGUGUCACAGAAAAUCGCUUGAGAAACGGCUGAGGGAUUUGGAGGAGAGGGAGAAGGAGUUUGAUUCGUUCAGAGAGGGAAAAAAGAGGAAGUUGGCGUCGGAUGAAGAGGAGUUGAGUUUGAAGAGGGAACAGUUCGUGUAUGAAGUUAAGACGAGGGAGAAGGAAUUGCAUGAGAAGUUGGUGUCGGUGCAUGAGCAUAUUGAGUGGUUGGAGGCGGCCCGGACUGAAGUUCAGGGCAUUCGGAGGCGAGCGUGUCAGAAGUUGAAGGAGAUUGAGUCCCAAGAACAGAAUCUAAGAUCAGCCCAGGAAUCGUUGGCAGCGAGGGAGAAAAAGGUUGAGGUAAUCAUAGGAUCCUUGGAUGAGCGGAUAAGAGUGGUUGAGGAGAGGGAGAAGGGGUUUGAUAGUUUUCUAGAGAGGAAAAUGAGGGAAUUGGUGCUGAAAGAGAAGCUAUUGAGCGAGAAGUGGGAAGAAUUUGUUAAGGAGAUUAAAUUGGCGGAUGAUAAGUUUAGAGAUCAAGAGAAAUUAAGGCAUGGCGUCAUUGAGAGGUUGGAGUUGGCAAAAAAUAAGCUUGAGGCCGUUAGGGCAACCAUAGAUGACAGGUUCAACGAGAUUGAGGUUCGGGAGACUGUGACAUGGGAAUCAGUGAAAGCAAGUAUAAAAGAAGCUGAUUUAAUCAGGGAAUCACUGGAGAAACAGUUCAAGGAGUUUGAGAAGAUGAAAAGAGAUUUUUGUUCGUUCCAAGAGGAGAAAUUGCAGGAGUUGGUUUUAAAAGACCAGCAACUGAGUGUGAUGAGUAAAGAGCUUGUUAAGGGUGCCAAGUUGAGGGAGGAACAAUUGACUGAACGAGAGAAGUUGAGGGACAGUUUUCUAGAGGGGAAAAUGAGAGAACUAGCACUGAAAGAGAAGCGUUUGAGCAUGAGGUGGGAAGAGCUUGUCAAGAAGGUUAAAUUUGCAGAUCAUAAGCUCAGAGAUCAAGAGAAGUCAAGGCAUGGCAUUGUCGAGCGGUUGGAGUUGGCAGAAAAUAAGCUUGAGGCUAUUGAGGUGACAAUAGAUGAGAGGUUCAAGGAGAUUGAGAUUCAGGAGAAUAUGACUUGGGAAUCUGUUAAAGAGUGUGUAGAAGAAGCUGAUUUAAUUAGGAAAUCGUUGGAGAAACAGUUCAAGGAAUUAGAGAAGAUGAAAAGAGAAUUUCAUUCAUUCCAAGAGGAGAAAACGCGAGAGUUGGUUUCAAAAGAGCAGCAACUGAGUCUGAUGAGUAAAGAGCUUGUUAAGGAUGCCAAGUUGAGGGAUCAACAAUUGACUGAACGAGAGCAGUUGGGGUGUAAGCUAUUGAAGAGGUUAGAGUUGGCGCAACAUAAUGUCGAGGACUUAAAAGCAAUGGUUUGUAAGAGGUUUAGAGAGAUUGGUCUGAAGGAAACUGAGAUUAGCUCGGUUAGUGAUUGGGUUGAGAGGAAAAUGGAUGAGGUCGACUCUAAUGCAAAAAAGUUGGAGGAAAAAGAGAAGGGAAUGAUAAUAAAGGAAAGUCAGUUGAUUUCUAAGGAAGACAAACUUCAAAGGAAAAAAAAGGAGCUUCACAUGAGGGAAAAGAAUUUGGUGUCUUGGCAAAAAGAACUUGAAAUUAAAGAGAAAGAAGUUGAUGCAGCAAAAGAAUUAAAUGAACAGCAGCUGGAAGAGCUUGAACGCAGAGAGAAGAAUCUGAAUUCUGUGAGAGGGUUUAUACAUAGUUGUUUUAAGAAAUAUCUUGCUACAAAGAAACAAGUCCAGUUAGAAAGAGAUUUGGUUGAGAAACGCGCUAGGCACCUCGAACACAAAGAGCAGAAACUUGAGUAUAUGGUGAGACAACUAGAAUUCAGAGAAGUGCAAAUCUGGGAUUAUCUUAAAGAUCUCGAAUUGAAGCAGCAAGGAUUGACUGAUGCAUGCAAUGGGGAGAUGAACAUAGAACCAGAUGAGUCUGCAGACUUAAAAUUCAUAGUAAGAAUGGAUGGUAAAACUUUGCAAAUGUUCCUAAAUGACCCUGAAAAAGACUUGGAAUCAAUGGGUGAUGAAAUAUUUAAAGUUCUUCGCCUAUCAUCAGAUCCAGCAAAACUAGUUCUAGAUGCAAUGGUGGGCUUUUACCCUCCUCAUUUGAGAAAAGGUGAUAUGGAGUUCAACGUCAGGAAAACCUGUAUCAUUCUGUUAGAGCAGUUAAUUAAAAUGUUGCCAAAUAUUCAACCUUAUGUCACAGAAAAAGCAUUUGAACUUGCUAGUGUAUGGAAGUUGAAAAUGAGACCCUCUGCUCAAAAUCCAUUGGAGGUGUUGGGAUUUUUGAAUCUAUUGGCUGCUUAUAACCUAGCCUCCCAUUUUGACAAAGAUGAAGUUAUAAGUUUUCUGAUGAUGGUUGCUCAACAUAGCCAAACAUCUGAGUUAUGUCGGAUUCUUGGUUUUCCAGAAAGCAUUACAGAUGCCUCUGCUCAAUGUGUUUCAAUAUCCCAGAUGCAUAAUUGGUCUAGAGCUGGCUCAAACUUAAAGAACAUGAAACUUGGGAAUGUUAUAGAUCAUGAUUCUUAUGUGUUGACCUACACUUUUACAUCCUCCCAUAGUCUGAAUCCAUAAGCUGUCGGGCUCAAAUGCUUUUUGUCUGAGAAAGAGACAGACCUUUCAUCAGUCUAUAAAAACUUACACCAAUUGCAAAACUGAUGAACACAAAGAAUGAGCUAGCUCCGAAAGAAGGAACGCCAUCUUCAACAGCUCUUGGUUGCGGAAAUGACAAGCCAACCAUCAAGAGCAUGACAAAAAAUCCGUUUGACCAACGAGGCGAAUAAAGCUGUUGUCUUUUGCCUAGGAAGCUCAACUGUUGCGAGCAUGUUGCAGAUGAGGGUUCGAACUAUCCUGCUACGCUGAUGCUCCUACUUUUUGGAGAGCUUUUCAGGUGAUUCUCAAGCUCACUUCUCAGAGCAAGGAUCUUCGUGUAUGACUACUUGUACAGAAUCUUUUAGAAGAUGAAAUGAACUGAACAUAUAUAUAAAUAUUUAUAUCUUUGUUGUA